AAGCAGUAGCUAAAGUUACAGUGAGGUGAGACAGGGCUUCUUUACUAUCUAAAGUUUUUCUCUCUAAUAGAACAUCUGACACUCAAGACACCUUUAGGACUCUCUUGCUGAAACAUGUUGGAAGACUGCAGAUCUUGUUUUCACCCGGAAGAUAUUCUUUCCUUUCUCAUUUUGAAUUGAUUGUCAACAGAUGUGGCAGCUGGGCCCCUUGGUUGGGUUGGCUCCUAAAGUCAUACGUGAAAGAUGGAGAUGAAUCUUCUUCAGACUGGCGCUCGGCAGAACAAAGCUGCAUCUUUCUGGCUGCUGAAGUUCGGUUUCAUCUGGCUCAUUAGUCAGAACUGUUGUACAGCAAGUGCAGUUUGGACUGCCUACAUGAACAUAUCGUUUCAUGUCGGGAACCGCAUGCUGUCAGAGCUUGGGGAGACCGGGGUCUUUGGAAGAAGCUCCAUUUUGAAGAGAGUAGCAGGAGUUGUUGUGCCACCAGAGGGAAAAACUCAAAAUGCUUGUGAUCCCAAUACCAGUUUCAUCCUGCCAGUUAACCAGGAGCCAUGGAUUGCACUCAUUGAACGGGGAGGUUGUGCUUUCACACAGAAAAUUAAGGUGGCAUCUGAGAACGGAGCCAGGGGAGUGAUAAUCUAUAACUUUCCAGGUACCGGCAACCAGGUUUUCCCCAUGUCUCACCAGGCAUUUGAAGACACUGUCGUAGUUAUGAUCGGUAACCUAAAGGCAUAUUUCACCUUUUACCAUAUCCGGAGACUUUGGGUCGCAAGAAUUGAGAACAGGAGGUGGAAACGAUUAACAAGAGAGAUCAAAAAAGCUUUUGGCCAGCUGCAGGUGCGAGUGUUGAAAGAGGGCGACGAGGAAGUAAAUCCAAAUGCAGAUAGCUGCGUCAUCUGCUUUGAACCCUAUAAACCUAAUGAUAUAGUUCGUAUUCUCACUUGCAAUCAUUUUUUCCACAAGAAUUGCAUUGACCCCUGGAUUCUAGCCCAUGGCACAUGCCCCAUGUGCAAAUGUGACGUUCUGAAAGCUUUGGGGAUUCACAUGGAUGUUGAGGAUGGAAUAGACUCUCUUCAAGUUCUGAUGUCAAAUGAGCUGCCCGGAACCUUUUCACCCAUGGAAGGAGAGACGAGUAACGAAGUUCCUCUCCCGAGAGCUUCAGGCAAAGUGACCCACAUCCUGGAGCACCCCACUUCUGCGAACGCUGGUAGCCAGGCUCCUGCAGCAGAGGAAACCAAUCACCCUUCGCUCGGACAGCGUGACCUUUGAGCAAGUGGAUUAAACAUGUUUGUUAAAUCAGGUCCUC